CGAGUCCCACAAGAUGAAAACCGUGCCAAUAAUCGCCUUCACAGUUUUUGCUUUCAAUUGCCAAGCAAAAACCCUACACCUCUCCGACGAAUUCAUAAAAUCCAUCAACACCAACCAAAAAACCUGGACCGCCGGACGAAACUUCCCUGAAGAUACACCUCUAGAAGAUUUGAAACGUCUUGUCGGAACUCUCCAAAAUCCAAAUAUUGAUACCACCCCGAAAAAAAUCCACGACGUGAUUCCAGACGACAUUCCAGAGUCUUUCGACGGUAGAACAUUUUGGACACAAUGCGAGUCCCUCAACGACAUCCGGAACCAAGGCAACUGUGGUUCUUGCUGGGCAUUUGGUGCUGUGGAAGCCAUCACCGACAGAACCUGCAUUAGUUCCAACGGUCGUACCAAAAUCAAGUUCUCUCCAGAAGAUCUUCUAACUUGUUGUAGCUCCUGUGGGAGCUGUAGCGGCGGCUUUGUGGGUCAAGCGUGGACUUAUUGGGUCGAAAACGGACUUGUGUCGGGCGGAGAUUACAAUUCGAACGAAGGGUGUCAACCGUACCAGGAAGACCCGUUCGAAAAUGGGGUCACACCUGGAUGUUCUACCACUUGUUUGAAUACUGAUUAUAACACGUCGUAUGUUGACGAUAAGUACUAUGGUGGUGAUCACUAUAUGCUAGCGUUGCCAAAAGUAGACCAAAUCCAGACCGAGAUUUGGCAAAAUGGUCCAGUGGAGGUCACUUAUACGGUCUAUGAAGACUUCUAUAGCUACAAAUCAGGUGUCUAUGUUCAUACGUCGGGAGCCACAGUUGGUCUACACGCCGUCAAAAUCAUUGGCUGGGGUAUUGACAAUGGAACUCAGUACUGGCUGGUGGCCAACUCGUGGGGAACCACAUGGGGCGAUUUGGGCGGAUUUUUCAAGAUACUAAGAGGCGAAGAUCAUUGUGGAAUCGAACGUUGGGUCUAUGGCGGCAUGCCAAAAUUAUAAUCAUGGUUAAAAAUAAACAUUAAGCAACUAAUUAAAA